AUGGUGAAUGUUGCUACGAGACUUCAAAUCCUUCUAAUUGGAGCUCUACUCUUUCCUCGUCUCCUCAACCACCGGUUAUUUGCCAUGGAUACUGCUGAACAAAACUGUGUGCGCUCAAUCAAGCUAUGGCCUCCUAGCCAAAACACCAGACAAGUGCUUGUAGAUCGUAUAAUAAAAAACCUUACAACUCCAUCCAUCUUAUCUAGAAGAUAUGGUGUUUUAAGCAAGGAAGAAGCUGAAGAAGAAGCUAAACAAAUAGAGUCUUCAGCCUUUGCCACUGCAAACCAACUCUUUGAAAAGGAACAAGAUGGUGAUGGAAAGUCUUCUGUUGAACUUUAUGCUAAAACAUCCAGUACACUCAUGGUGGAAGCUAUCAAAAGAGGCCCUAAAUCAAAAGAAGAUCAAGAACCCUUAUUUGAAAGUAUCACAGAAAAUGAUCAAACUCUUUUUGACAUUUCUAAAGGCGAUCGAUCCUUCUUAGAUGCAGAAAAAACUAAACAACUGUUGAAACCACUUCAAGAGCCUGGAAACAAGUAUACUAAGAUAUGUUUUAGCAAUACAAGCUUUGGGGUGGAUGCAGCUCGUGUUGCUGUUCCCAUUUUGUCCUUGGUCAAACAUCAGUUAAAAGAAGUCAACUUAUCUGAUUUUAUAGCUGGAAGACCAGAGGAAGAAGCACUUGAAGUUAUGAGUAUGUUUUCUUCAGCUCUUGAUGGAUCUGAUUUGAGGUAUCUAUGUCUUUCAGAAAAUGCCUUGGGUGAGAAGGGUGUUAGGGCAUUCAGUGAACUUUUAAGUUCCCAAAAUAACCUUGAGGAGUUGUAUCUAAUGAACAAUGGGAUCUCAGAGGAAGCUGCAAAGGCAGUUUGUGAGUUGAUUCCUUCCACAAAGAAGCUCAAAACUCUUCAUUUUCAUAACAACAUGACUGGAGAUGAAGGUGCGAUUGCCAUUUCUGAACUUUUGAAAAAAUCUCCAAUCUUGGAGGAUUUCAGAUGUUCUUCCACUAGGGUUGGCUCUGAAGGGGGUGUUGCUCUAUCUGAUGCAAUUUCCAAAUGUACCCUUUUGAAAAAGCUUGAUCUUCGUGACAAUAUGUUUGGUGUGGAAGCCGGGCUUGCUUUGAGCAAGGCUAUAUCUGUCUUUUCAAAUCUCACUGAAAUCCAUCUAAGUUACUUGAAUUUAGAAGAUGAAGGAGCUUCAGUUCUUGUGAAUGCUCUCAACAAUUCUGGUUCUCCUCUUGAAGUUGUUGAAAUGGCUGGAAAUGACAUUACAGUUAAAUCAGCUUCUUCUUUAGCAGCUUUUCUGAUAUCCAAAAGAGAAUCUUUAACCAAGAUAAAUCUCUCUGAGAAUGAACUGAAGGAUGAGGGUAGUAUGGUAAUUUCCAAGGCGCUUGAAGAUGAGUUUCCACGGUUGACUGAAGUUGACCUAAGCAGUAAUCAGAUUCGAAGGGCUGGAGCAAGGGUUUUGGCUCAGGCGGUUGUAGGUAAACCAGGGUUUAAGCUGUUGAAUAUUAAUGGUAACUUUUUGUCUGAUGAAGGGGUUGAAGAUGUUAAAGAGAUUUUCAAGAAUUCUCCUGAUUUGCUUGGGUCUUUGGACGAAAAUGACCCUGAAGGUGAAGAGUACAAUGAUGAGGAUGGUGAUGGUGAUGAUGAUGAUGAUGAGCUGGAAUCCAGACUCAAGGGUCUUGAUAUUAAGCAGGAGGAAUAGAGGUCACAUAUUU